AUUAUUUUCUUUACUCCUUUAUUUUUCCAUCCAUUUUCUUGUCUAUAUAAAGCCCCUCUCCAUCCAUUUUCUGGAGACUCCAAUCCGCCAUGGCCGUCCAGCUUCGCUUCUCCCACCCCAAUCCUCACGCUGCCGACAUUCCCGCCGGCAGUCGUCUCCCCUCCGCCCCUCUUCUCAUCUCUGCCCACAACACCUUUCGCGAUUUGUGCUCCCUCCGCUUUACUCUCUCGAAGCCUAACCUUCCACGAGCUCUCUCCUCCUCCGACCUCCUCUCCCUUGGAGGAGGAUCUGGCGAUAACAUUCACUCUGGUGGACCCCCGGGAGGCGGCAGCGGAGGAUCUGGCUCUGAUGGAACUCCCGGCGACCAUCACGACGAGGAGCGCUCCCAUUAUUCCAGCCCGCUCGAUAUUUUUCUAGAGGGUUGGCGGGCGAGGGUUUCGGCCGAUCCAAAGUUUCCCUUCAAGGUCCUCAUGGAAGAACUCGUGGGCGUGAGCGCCUGCGUCCUCGGCGACAUGGCGUCCCGCCCCAACUUCGGCCUCCACGAGCUUGACUUUGUCUUUUCCACCCUCGUGGUUGGAUCAAUUCUCAAUUUCGUCCUAAUGUACCUUCUCGCACCUACCUCCGCCACCGUCGCCGCAUCCUCCGCCCUCCCUGGAGUGUUUGCUUCCUGCCCCACCGGCCACAUGUUCGAGCCAGGGUCCUACUCUCUGUUAUCACGUCUCGGCACUCUUGUUUAUAAAGGUGCGACCUUUGCGGCUGUUGGAUUUGCCGCUGGGCUCGUAGGGACAGCUAUCUCAAAUGGAUUGAUUGCUCUGCGCAAGAGAAUGGAUCCCGAGUUUGAGGUCCCCAAUAAGCCCCCGCCUACGCUGCUGAACUCAGGCACUUGGGCAUUGCACAUGGGUUUGAGCAGUAACUUCCGUUAUCAAACUCUGAAUGGGUUGGAGUUCGUAUUGGACAAAGUGUUGCCGCCGGCCGGAUUUAAGACUUCAGUACUGGUUUUGAGGUGCUUGAAUAAUGUAUUGGGUGGGAUGUCAUUUGUGUUACUCGCGAGACUGACUGGGUCACAAAAGGUAGAAGUAGAGAAGGGAGAAGAGAAACAGAGGUUGAUUGAUAAUGGUGUAUCUGCAGGUUCCAAGGUUGAAAGUAUUGAUUUGCAGAGGAGUGAAUCAGUUAAGUGAUUAUGUAAGUCGUGGUUAUAGUCAGUUUCCCAAUUAGCUGCAGUUUGGGAGGUAUUUGUACUGAACCAAGUAGUUUCACCUUGAAAUUCCUCAGAGUACGUGCAGUUUCUUUUAAAUAUUGAAUGAAUAAGUAGAGGUAUGGUUUUUAUCC